CUAAAACGAACGACUUUGCGCCAACCACAUCUUCGCCACCGUUUCAAUUCCCAAAGUGCAAGACGUAUGCGACUUGGGGAGGCGCGAUGGAUUCGGGUGAGAUUCAGUAUCUCUUCAAAGAGACCCGCUUGAACCUCGAACCUCCCUCCCAAUCGUCCAUCGUUACCAUUCGAGUGCCGUCUGGGUCUGGCAGCAGAGGCCGCCCCAAGGUAUCCCACGAUGUCGAGGACGAGACGACGUUUCGAUUGAAGAAUCUGGCGACCGCGGCUUCGAUAUACCGACGAAAAUGGCAUGACUCGCCGCGGAGCUUCCUAUGGAGGGUGCUGGAAGACGGCACGCUGCUGAGCAUUCGGGCGGUGGAUGUUAGCAAGAAGGACAAGGCUGCAGAUGCGUCUCUGAUCAUCAACUUCCAUUUCACGGUGCCUGUCCAACAAGGAUGCGUGGUGUUUUCAGAUCCGGAAGAGCACGAUGCGCUGUGUGUGCAUGUGUUGGAUCAGGCAUGCUAUCUCUACACAUUCACUCUCCGACCGGAUCUGUUCAAGAGAAAAGGCGCGGUGGAUGCUGGAUUGCCCGAAAUCUGUAAAGUGCAAGCCCCGGCCGGUCUAAGUUUCAAAUAUCCUCAUCGGAUGGUGGCUGUAUCGGCGAAUACCCUUCUUGUUACGGUCAAUGACGGUGGUAUGAUACGCUUUGACAAGCAAAAGGGAGAUGAUGCAUCCACUGCGUUAUGGAAAGAAUCGUUCUUCAACGUGCAGGGAUGGGCACAGAAUCUACGAAGUCUCCUUCCCUUCCAAGGCAAGAACCUUAUCAAAUAUGGAAGAGCCAACAUGGAAUACAGCUCCGCGACAUCCAUUGAGGUCUCUGAUUUCGGACUCGAGAAUUGUCUAUUCGCAGUUACCGUCUGCCUUGACCACCGAAUCCGUAUCUGGAACGCAAAUGACGGGCAGAUUCUGCAGUCACUGGACAUGCUGAAUGCCGAGAGGCCGCCUCAAGAAAUGGGCAAAUGGUCGAUUGAUCCAGCCCAGUCAAAUCUUACACGGGUUGUUGGCCGAACCAGAGGACAGAGAAUCUGUGCAACUUAUUCGCCAAUUGGCCCUGGAGAAUUCAAGUUUUGGAAGAUUGUUGCCAAAGACAGCCAUAAUGUUGUCAUCGAGGAUCUGUUUUCGAAAUGCACAUUAAUCCCUGCCACACCAUCCUCUUCAGACAUUUGGACACUGGCGGACUUCGUGUUAGGAUCAACAGAGGAAGGACAAAUUAACCUGUGGACUCUAUGGAAGAACAACAUGACAUAUCGAGUGCAGCGUUUAGAGCUUGACCGAAAAAAUAUGGCUCAAUCAUGGGAAGAUAGCUGGGACGGCGUAUUUUCCGAACCUCGAAGUCUCGCAGUGCAGACGUCCGGCCCUUGUGAUCCUACCGAUGUAACGGAGAAGUGGCUACAGAUGAUUUUGCAGCCAGGGAAAUUUACCAAGACCACGUUAGAAGCGGCGCUCGCCAUAUACGAGCGCGGGCUCGGCUCAUCAAGAGAUAACAACAAGGGGCGUGGAUUGGCUGAGUCUAUCUGCUCAGUCCUUGGUUCAACUGCUUCUCUGGAUCGUGGAUCAUCAGGGGAAAUGGACUAUGAGCAGUUCAGAGCAUCAAGCGAGACGCAAUGGAGAAGAUUCUAUCGAUUGUUGAACGAGCUUGACAAGCAGAGAGGAGAAGCCAUUGGCAUCACUCUUGAUGCCGAUGCCGACAUGGUCUGGGUUCUCUGCGCAGAUAUCGUCUCUAUUGUUCGAGAAUGUAGCCACUUGGAACGGCUCUACCAUAACCUGGCUGCACCAGACCAAGGAUCUUCGCGGCAGGCAGAUUUAAUCGGCGCCGGACUGACACUUGUAGAAGGCUUCUCAGACAACUUGGUGCAGCUUUGUAAUGCUACACUGAGGCCUGAGUUGUUUGGAGAGUCUUCCAAGACAGAUCUCGAGCGGAUACAGUACUUCUCAGACAAGGCUGGCUUCUGGCGAGGAAUCACAGACGAUGAUGCCCAGCAAGUUGUGGACACACUGGAUACCAACUUUUCAGUUGUGACAAAUGAGCUCUAUCGAAAGGUGCUGGGUCUCAUGGUCACACCACUAGACGACAAAGUUCGAAGUCCUAGCCAUCCACUAACAGAGUUUGGUAGAAAACUCGUCAUGACAGCGGCGCAAGAGCACAUGUCUUUGCAGUGGAAAAUAUGCUUUAGUCAGCUCAUCCUUCUAGUCCAUAUGGAGUUUGAGUUUGACAACGAAGAAGAUGCCCUGCACCACAGGAUAGAUGUUGGUACCGUAUUCCGGCAGCUCAUCGCGACAUUGAAGAGACUGGAGCUUCUGAAGUGGCUGUCAACGACCGAAUUGGCAAUCCCGCUACCAGAACACAGUUUAUCUCCUUUAUCAAAAAGGGGAGAGGACGUCCAAAUUGUGACUGCUUUGGAAGCCAAUGUUGGUCACCUACUGGGCUUCCAGGGGCUUGCGGAGGAGCCGCUUGCAGUUAGCAUCACUGACCUCGUUACCAACCUCUGCUCUCCCAAUGGCGACAUCGAGGUAUCUCCGUCACUCAUCCAGUGUUCCCUUAUCAAGCGGGAUAGAGCAGAUCUGGCACUAGAACUUGAGCCAUUCUGUGAUCAAAAUCCCUUUUCGAUUUAUAUCCACGGUAGAGUCUUUUUAGCGCUGAAAGAUUUUGAGUCUGCUUCUAUAAAUUUCAGAAAGGCGGCUAUUGGCAUGGGAAGCGAAUCAGUUGAGCUCGAGCGUCAUAGCAGCGGUCUCCUUGACGACACAGAAUGGAAUCUACUAAACAGCGGGCUAGCUCAGUACUAUUCACAUGUUGUAGCUUUGUUCGAGAAACAAAGGGCUUACUCAUACGUGGUUGACUUUGCUCGGUUGUCAAUUCAGUUUACCGGGAACGCACCAGAGAAUGCCAAUAUCAAGACAGAUAUGCUGAGCCGUCUUUUCAACGCCGCCCUGGCCACAUCUCAGUUUGAGCUGGCUCACACCACUUUAUUGUCGAUGAAAGACCAAGCUUUGAGACAGUACAACUUGCGGAAGCUCGUGGAUAAGAUGUGCGAGACGUACCAUAACUCCGAGCUGGUGACCCUGACCUUCCCCGGAAUGCAGCAAGAGGUUGAUGAUAUUCUGUCGCUAAGAUGCAAGACUAUCAUGGACGUUAUGCAUGCGUUCCCUUACCACCAGGUUCUUUACUCCUGGAGAAUCAAGCACAACAAUUUCCGGGGCGCUGCAUCCGUCAUUCUCGACAAGAUUCAGAAGCUGAGACUGGCUGGAGAAGGAGACCAGAUUUCGGGAGAGGACGUGCUUGAUACGCCAGUCACGAAGCAGUAUCUGCUGCUUAUCAACGCGCUCAGCUGCGUGGACGCCAAGCAGGCCUGGAUUUUCGACGAGGGCAUUCCCACGGGAGACAAGGACGCGCCUGCGAAGCGUAAAGUCGUCUCGCUAGCCGACAUCAGGAAGCAGUAUCAGGAUGAGCUGGAUCGGAUUGCCGCGAUUCAGAAUAACCAGUUUGGAUUCGAGGCAGGGGAUGUAAUGGAUAUUGCAUGAAGUGUAAUACGCAAAUGGCACUAUUUAUUUGCUUUAGAGCAAGGAAGGGUGGUGAAAGAGUGAGAGAGAGAAGGUCUAUGAAGGGGGCAAUGGAUGAAUGAAUUUUAGACGAAAACGAACCGCAGCCCAAGAAAAAAAAAAUCUUUUGUAUGUAGAUUAAUGCCUGUAUCUUCCCAAGGAUGAAAGGAAAGGGAUGAAAUGGGUUUAGAUACCUUGGGGAAUUAAGCACGGGAUAACUUUGGUUUUUCUUCUUAUAAUAUCGGAAUCAGACUCAAGUUUAUGUGCUUUACCCAUUUUUUCUUUCUUGUGUUUCGAUUCUUUUGGAUCAAGGUGAUCGAUCGUUGUAUAUACAUUUACAUAUAUAUCAUCUACGACAACACACUUCCACGAAACAAUAACAUUACUACUAUCUUCCCGU